UCGGACCAGCUGACCCGGCAUGAGGAGCUGAGCGUCUCCAGCGAGGUGGCUGACGGCAGCACCAUGCAGGCGGCGGCGGCGUCCGUGCCCAUCUUGCUGCUCUGCGCCCUGGGGACCUGCCCCUUGGUGCGCGGCGGCCGGGCAGGAGACGCCUCGUUGACUGAGCUGGAGAGGAGGAACGAAAACGGCUUCCUGGAGCGCCAGAGCAUCGUGCCGCUCCGGCUCCUCUAUCGCUCUGGCGACGAAGACGAAACAGGGCACGACACGCUGACCACGCGGGUGCGGGGCGACCCCCGCGGCGCUCAGUUGACUCAUGUUAACCAGGCAAGCUUCCAGGUCGAUGCCUUUGGAACAUCAUUUAUUCUUGAUGUCGUGCUAAACCAUGAUUUGCUGUCCUCUGAAUACAUAGAGAGACACAUUGAACAUGGAGGGAAGACGGUGGAAGUUAAAGGAGGAGAACACUGUUACUACCAGGGCCAUAUCCGAGGAAACCCGGCCUCAUUUGUUGCAUUGUCAACAUGCCAUGGACUUCAUGGGAUGUUCUAUGAUGGGAACCACACCUAUCUCAUUGAGCCAGAAGAAAAUGACACCUCCCAAGAGGAUUUCCGUUUUCACUCAGUUUACAAAUCCAGACUCUUUGAAUUUCCUUUGGAUGAACUCCCCUCUGAGUUCCAACAAGUAAAUAUCACUCCACCAAAAUUUAUUUUGAAGCCAAGACCAAAAAGGACUAAACGGCAGCUCCAUCGCCACCCUCGAAAUGUAGAGGAGGAAACCAAAUAUAUUGAACUGAUGAUUGUGAACGAUCAUCUCAUGUUUAAAAAACACCGGCUUUCGGUUGUACAUACCAAUACGUAUGCGAAAUCUGUGGUGAACAUGGCGGAUUUAAUAUAUAAAGACCAACUUAAAACAAGGAUAGUAUUGGUUGCCAUGGAAACCUGGGCAGCUGACAACAAGUUUGCCAUAUCUGAAAAUCCAUUGAUCACCCUACGUGAGUUUAUGAAAUACAGGAGGGAUUUUAUCAAAGAGAAAAGUGAUGCAGUUCACCUUUUUUCGGGAAGUCAAUUUGAGAGUAGCCGGAGCGGGGCAGCUUAUAUUGGUGGGAUUUGCUCGUUGCUGAAAGGAGGAGGCGUGAAUGAAUUUGGGAAAACUGAUUUAAUGGCAGUUACACUUGCCCAGUCAUUAGCCCAUAAUAUUGGUAUUAUCUCAGACAAAAGAAAGUUAGCAAGUGGUGAGUGUAAAUGUGAGGACACCUGGUCUGGAUGCAUAAUGGGAGACACCGGCUACUACCUUCCUAAGAAGUUUACCCAGUGUAAUGCUGAAGAGUAUCAUGACUUCCUGAAUAGUGGAGGUGGAGCCUGCCUUUUCAACAGACCUUCUAAGCUUCUCGAUCCUCCUGAGUGUGGUAAUGGCUUCAUUGAAACUGGAGAGGAGUGUGACUGCGGGACCCCAGCAGAAUGUGUCCUCGAAGGAGCAGAGUGUUGUAAGAAAUGCACCUUGACUCAAGACUCUCAGUGCAGUGAUGGUCUUUGUUGUAAAAAGUGCAAGUUUCAGCCUAUGGGGACUGUGUGCCGAGAAGCAGUAAAUGAUUGUGAUAUUCGUGAAUCAUGCUCAGGAAACUCAAGCCAGUGUGCCCCAAAUAUUCAUAAAAUGGAUGGAUAUUCAUGUGAUGGUGUUCAGGGGAUUUGCUUUGGAGGAAGAUGCAAAACCAGGGAUAGACAAUGCAAAUACAUCUGGGGGCAAAAGGUGACGGCAUCAGACAAAUACUGCUAUGAGAAACUGAAUAUUGAAGGGACUGAGAAGGGCAACUGUGGGAAAGACAAAGACACAUGGAUACAGUGCAACAAACGGGAUGUGCUUUGUGGCUACCUUUUGUGUACCAAUAUUGGCAAUAUCCCACGGCUUGGAGAACUCGAUGGUGAAAUCACAUCUACUUUAGUUGUGCAGCAGGGAAGAACAUUAAACUGCAGUGGUGGGCAUGUUAAGCUUGAAGAAGAUGUAGAUCUUGGCUAUGUGGAAGAUGGGACACCUUGUGGUCCCCGAAUGAUGUGCUUAGGACACAGGUGUCUCCCUGUGGCCUCCUUCAACUUCAGUACUUGCUUAAGCAAUAAAGAAGGCAUUGUUUGUUCAGGAAAUGGAGUUUGCAGUAAUGAGCUGAAGUGUGUGUGUAACAGGCACUGGACCGGUGCUGACUGCAGCACUUACUUCCCUCUCAACGAUGAGGAAAAGACUGGUAUAACUCUGUCUGGCAACGGUGUUGCUGGUACCAAUAUCAUAAUAGGCAUAAUUGCUGGCACCAUUUUAGUGUUGGCCCUCAUAUUAGGAAUGACUGCAUGGGGUUAUAAAAACUAUCGAGAACAGAGACAGUUACCCCAGGGAGAUUAUGUAAAAAAGCCUGGAGAUGGCGACUCUUUUUAUAGCGACAUUCCUCCUGGAGUCAGCACAAACUCAGCAUCUAGUUCUAAGAAGAGGUCAAACGGACUCUCUCAUUCUUGGAGUGAAAGGAUUCCAGACACAAAGCAUACAGACAUCUGUGAAAAUGGGCGACCUCGAAGUAACUCUUGGCAAGGUAAUGUGGGAGGCAACAGAAAGAAAAUCAGAGGCAAAAGAUUUAGACCUCGGUCUAAUUCCACUGAGAGGGAGCCCCAAGCACCUGAGCCUGGGCACUCCCUCGCCCAGACAGUCCCAUCCCAAGGCAUAAGCCCAGGGGGCUCUGACAGCCCCCAGACAGGGAGUCUGGAUCACAGGACUUUAUCUCCUGCCAAGUCUCCAUCUUCAUCAACUGGGUCUAUUGCCUCCAGCAGAAAAUACCCCUACCCAAUGCCUCCACUUCCCGACGAGGAGAAGAAAGCGAACCGACAAAGUGCCAGGGUAUGUGGAAACUUCCUCCGUACGCUAAUGUCAUCGGUCAUGACCCUGUAUCUCUCUGGGAGACAUCCAUUUAAGAUCAACUGUUUACAUGUGACACAUCGAAACUGUUUACUUCAACUUUUAUAGACACCCAGCCUCACGGAAUCACUGCAAAUCUAUCUGCUCUCCAGACGCUACGAACCCCCUGGAGAUGCCUGACAGAGAAGCCGAGUCUCACAUCUGGAGACCGUUUUCUUUUCGUCACUGGCUUAGGAUUUAACUGAACCCUGAGAAGAACUACUGAAAUGUUACACUAUAACAUGGAACAGUAAAGGUCCUGGUAUAUUAAUGGACAAUCCGCAUGACAGAUAUAUGUAGAAGUAUCGCUAAAACUAACUCACACGACCCAAAUGUAGCAAGUUUUCUAAGGGACAAUAGUGGAUUCAGAACUUGGUGUUCUGAGGCCCAUCCUUGCUGUGUAGACAGUGAUACUGUGUGCAUGAUGCUUCAGUUUAUUGUUUUCCACAUUUAAGGAAACAACAUGCCAUAAUAGACACUAGCAUGCAGGGCUAAGGCAUAUAGGAUUUUUCUGCAGGACUUUAACGCUUUGAGAGGCCAAUAUCCCAUAUGCUAACUUUAAACAUGUAUUUUUAGGUUUUUUGUGUGUUGUUUUUUUUUUUACUUUUCAUAUUUAUAUCAGCAUAUCAGGACAAUUGUACAUAUGUCAACAUUUUUAAAAUUAAAAAGCAGCUGUUCCACACAGUGUA